CUCGAAGUUUCGAGAUUGUUCAAAGGAUUGAUGGAAUUGCGUACUCCACUGGUCUCCUGAUGCCAGGAGUGAAGAUAUAAACCCUCUCUCGACGCCAGAUGCUCAAACUCCGAAUAACCCAACAACCGUCAGCGAAAACUUCAAAGCUCUCUCCAAAAGCACUUUCAAACCUUACCAAAAAUCUCCCAAACACCAUUUCAAAAAGCAUACUUCGACAAACCACAAAAACGAGGACAAAAUGUCGCUUCUAAGGCAAUACUCUGAUAUCUUCAGUCUCCUUGACGAUACCUCUCGCAUACCCCAACGCACCAACCGCCGUGGUGCCUUCUCCCCAAGCUUCGACGUUCACGAAACGGAACAAGCCUACGUCCUCGAAGGCGAACUCCCAGGACUCCACGAUAAGUCGAACCUAAGCAUCGAGUUCACCGACCCCCAGACACUCCUCGUCCGCGGCAAGACCGAACGCCUUCACCAGGAGUCCUCGGACAACGAACCCGCCAUCGCCAAGAAAGACAAAAAAGAGGGUGCCAUCGAGGAGAAGGAUAAAGAUUCCAGGCCCCGCUAUUGGGUUUCGGAGCGCACGGUCGGCGAGUUCCAACGCAGCUUCUCGUUCCCGAGUUAUGUGGAUAUGGACGCCGUGAAGGCUAGUCUUGCGCAUGGGAUUUUGAAGAUUGUGGUGCCGAAGAAGCAGAGCCAGAUUGCGAAGAAGAUUGAGAUUUCUUAAAGUGCAUCGGGAUAGUAGGAAAUUGUGAUUUAGGAUGGAGCUCGGGGGAACGGUGGAUUGAUUGUCUUGCUUUUCUUUUCUUUUUCUUCCCCAUUUCAUUCCCUCCUUUCCCUCCCGCUGAUGAUUCCCGGGAGUAUUACGACCCACAGGCAUUUAUAUCUGCUGCACCUUUGGCUUUUUGGGGUUUAGCAAAAGACCCAAUUAGCGCAGGAUACAUUCAGGAAAUCGGUC